AUGUCGACCCUAGCAGAAUUCAAGGACUGGAAGCGUGAACUGCUCUUACACGGACACUUCUCUGACAUGGAGAUCAUCUGUCAAGGUGUUACCUUCAAAGCUCACCGGGCUAUCGUCUGCACUCAGUCACCAUUCUUCAACAGUGCAUUCUCUCGCGGAUUCAAGGAAACCACCGAAAAAGUCAUCGAGAUACAGGACGAUACUCCAGACACAAUCGCCUGCGUCAUGUCCUACCUCUACAUCGGAGACUAUGAUGACGGUGGAAAUGAGCUACGAUCCCGUGCUCCAGAUCCUGUCCCCUUCAAUCGUCCGUCCGUCGCAGCCAGCCCUGAGGACAAACCAGGCGACGCAGAGCUUAUGAAACAAGUUGCCUUGAUGAACAUUCGGGUCUUCGUCACCGCAGAUAAAUUCGGAAUUCUCCCAUUGAAGACCCUGGCAAUGCAGAAGUUCUCUCCCUGGGCAUGUCUCAAUUGGGAUUCCCCCAUGUUCCCCGAAAUCGCCGAAGCCGUCAUGACAAAAGUCCCUGCCCAUGAACCAGGCCUUCGAGUGAUCCUCGCCAGGACAAUCGCAAAGCACAUUCUGGAACUGGCCCGCAAGCCGGCGAUAAUGAGCCUCCUGAACUCGUUCGGAUCCCUUUCAACACUUGUCAUUGCGGGACUCAUUCGUGAUGGACGAAUCCAGGAAGAACGGGACCCUCUGGAAGAAUUUGCUUGGAGAUUCCACGCAACCCGUUACUGUCUCGAGUGUUCAGCAAAGCUCAGUGUGGACCCGGGAAAUGCAGAGUUUCAUGCGAAGAAUUUCCACUGUGCGGACUGUCUGGCUCGACGUAGAUGA